AACAUCGCUGAUCACCUGCCUCGCCUCCUUUCCGUCGACAUUGCGGGCCGCCCGUCACCUUGUCACCGCAUAUUUAACCCGAUUUUAUGAGAUUUGCCGCCGCUGUCUAGAAAAUAUGCUGCGGACAACUGUGAAAGGCUCCUUAGGGCGCCUCGGACGUAUGUGUUCACCGAGACGGGCAGCGCUGCCGCAAAAGGAGAUCAGGGCACACCAAUCCACCAAGGCUGGAGGAGGAGGUGGAAGUGCAAAGAUCUGGGUGCCGAUAACAGCCCUGACAGCGGCCACAGUGGGCACAGCCAUCUACGCAAAAUACGACCCUUCUUUUAGAAGGCUCCUCGAGGACAACGUCCCCUACGCAGACUCUGUGAUUUCGUCAACCAGUUCUGUCAUCGACACCACAACAGGGCUCAUCGACUCUGCUUCCGGUGUGGUUGACUCUGCCAAAAGCCUCGUCUCUUCCGCUCAGGAGAAGGCGUCGGGCCUGUUCGGCGGCGCCAGUGAAGACAAACCCAAAGCCCCUUCCCCUCCACCCGCCCCUAAGGAAACGCCAAAGCCCAAGGAAGCAAAGGAACCUGCUCCCGUUGUGAAAAAAGAAGAGGUCAAACCUGCCCCCAAACCUGCGACACCAAGUGCAGACGAAAGUCUGUUAAAGAAGAAACUUGAACGAGACGCCCAGAAUGCUGCCCUCAGUGGUUUAAUAAAACUUCAGGCGACUGUUGAUGCUGCUUGUGCUGCCGCAACUUCAACCUCUGCAAACGCCAUUAAUCAAAUCAAAAGUUUGGGUGCAGAGUUUUCAAACUAUUCGGCCGACGAGCCAUCCGAAAGGCUGAUAGCCUCGCUGAUUUCAAAGAACACAGAGGCUGAAAUUGUCACCAAAAAAGCGUUUGAUUCGGCCGGCGAAGCCCAGGCCAAGUUGGCCAGUUUGAAAACGGCCGUCGCAAAUUCAACUGUGACCGGCGAAGGACUCAAAUCAAUCCAGGAAAGCAUUGCCAAGGUUGAGAAGCAACUGAAGGAGGCUGACGAGGCCCUCUUCAAAGCCCAGGAAGCCAUCAAGCCCUCGGAGGCCUUGUCCUCACAAAUCUCAUCUGCCUACCACAAAUUGCAGCAAGAACUGGGCCCGAACUGGGAUCCAAAAAAGAAGGACGAUCAGGACUUGUUUGUUUUGCUAAUUUCUCUUCGAAUGCUGCACUACAAGGAGCAACUUAAUAAGCAAUCUAAACAGGACGAACGUGCCCUGAUUGACACCCUGAAGGCUGCAGGGGAAGAGGGUGUGGAGGAAAGGGUGCAGGAACACCUGAAGGUUAAGGAGGAGGAACUGAGGAGGCAAUUAAAUGAAGAGUACCAUGCGCAGAUCAUCCAAGUCCGAGACGAAGCUGAGCGGCGAGCGCAGUCCCAGCUUCGACAACAGGCCAUGAUCAUGACUGACGACAAAAACGCAGCGCUGCUUUCGCAAAGGUCGGCCUUCUCCAGGGAACUUUCGGACCGCAUCGGUCAUAUGGUGCAGCAGCACACCCAGCAAAUUGGCUCGGCCGUUGAAGCUUUGCACAAGGCUGACAAAAAUAUCAAGAAGAGGGAAGAAGCUGUUCUGCACGGCGCCAAACUGCUGGCAAUAUCUCGCAGCUGUGACAAUUUGAUGCGCUCCCUGGGAAUAAAUCCGUACCCGACCAAGGACUGGACCCAUCAGCGAAGAGGCAUCGACGGCCAUGUCAGAGACGUCAAGAAAGUUUUUGAAGGACAAAAAGACGAUUUUGUUGAAGCAACGUUGAAGAUGUUGCCUGAGAAGGGGGUUAAAAUUGGAGUACUUACAGAACCUGCGUUAAAAGCCAGGUUCAACGACGUUGAAAGGGUGGCCCGAAAGGUCAGCAUGAUCCACAGGGACGACCAGGUUCCUUUGACCUGGUACCUCUUGUCCUUCCUCCGCUCCACCGUCCUCCUGCAGCCCCACUCGAGCAUAAAACCCAGUGAGCUCAACAACGACCCCACCGACCUCUCCACCUUGGACAACAAUGCUCUUCUCGACAGAGCAAGGUAUUUUGUGGACCAGGGUGACCUUCUGCAAGCGGCCAGGUACGCAAACCUGCUGCGUGGGCCGUGUCGACAUGUGGUAAGUGGAUGGUUGGACGAAACAACUACGCUAUUGGAGGUUAAGAAUGUGGCGCAAACGUUGGCCGCAUACGCUUCGCUCUUAGUCCAAAAACAAGUGAUCCAGCCCGAGUUGUCCGCACCAAAGGCAUAGAGAUCACUGUUAGCCAUUUUAGCUAAAAGGAUUCAGUGUAAAUACUUGGAAGAAAAUGAUGUAAUCUUUAAAUCGCUUUGUUUCGUUCCUGCAGGUUCAAAUUUGAGCUAAAAACUAAAAAGAUAACAGCUGAUAAUACUUUUACCAUCUUAUUUAUUGGUUGGAUAAUGUUCACAUUCAGUUGAAUAAAUGAACGGUUGUUACCUGAUUAAAA